AUGCCUCGUGGACGGCCUCGAGUUCACGAAAACGAUGAAGCUCCAAGACAAGUCCGUAAUCAACGUCGACGCCAGCGACGACGCAAACACCCUUCGGUCGUUGAGGGCCUGGACCCCGACUUUGGACAUACUCUGAUCAGCGCAGAACGCACUGGGUACGAAGCGAGCAGUCGAGGCUACGCAGGCUUGCGGAUGCUCAGGAUGAAUCCCGAGAAAGCGACAGGUGCACUUGCGGCCUUCUACGAGAAAAUUCACAUCUGGUAUCCGAUACUUCCACUGGGAUUUCCAGGACAGUACUCCCACAUCCUGUCCGGUAUGCUAGCCCCAUCCGCUGAAUCGUGUCUCGCCCUACUGGUGGCCGUGCAGGACGAGGAGAGGAGGAGCAGGGCAAACUCGACGAGCGGUCGGAAUUGA